AUGUAAGUCUAUCCUUAAAAAAUAAAGGAGGACCUUCAAUAACUAUAAAAUUGGAGUAGUUAAAGAUAAUUGACUGAUAUGGGAUCUUAAAUAGGUGGAUUUUAAUCAAACAGUGCUCUAUUAUAACCUAUUCAAUCCUCCAAAAAGAUUAUUAGAGCUAAAACUGUAAAAAAUUUGUAAGAUUAUCUUAAUAAUAAUUAAGUAUUUAAUUGACAACUUUAAGUAUGUCUCCCUUAAAUGGAGAAAGAUAGAAUAAAAAGAAUUAAUUAAAGAAGAUAAUGAAAAAAAUAAGAAUAGCAUUACAAUUUAUAAAUUAACUUCAAAAUUAUGCUUAACAAUUAAAGAGUUAUAGAGCUAAAUAUUAAUAUAGAAAGAGAGGCAUAUUGCCAUUAUUUCCUGAUGAUAUAAUUUAUAUAGUCUGGGGAUUGGGAAUUAAUUUAUGUACAGAUAUAGCUGCACUUCUAUAUCCAAUAGAAGUAGCUUUUGAAUAUGAAGUAUAUUUUAACAACAAUAAUAGAGGGAGUUGGCCAUUAAUUAACUUUUAUUUUAUAGAUAAUCUUUUGGGUUGAUUUGUUGAUGAAUUUUAUUAUUUGUCAUGUAAAUAAGUAAUUAGAUUUAAUACAUAAUUUGAAGGAUAUAGCACAUUAUUAUAUUACUACAUGGUUUUUUUGUGAUUUAUUAUCAAUUUUACCUGAUUUUGAUUAAUAAACUUUGAAACCAAUAAAAUUAUUGAGAUUAUUAAGAUUCUUUUUUUAUGAAAGAAGAAUAAAUUAUAAUUAAUCAAUAGAGUUAUUAAGAAAACAAAAAUCUUUAUAGGAUGAGUUAAUAGUAAGAAAUGAAUUCAAUUUAGAUCUAAGAAUAAAAAAAUUAAUUAAAAUAUUUUUAGAGAUGAUUAUUUUAAAUCAUUUAUUUGCAUGUUUAUGGAUAUGGAUAUGUAAAUUUAAUUCAACUUAAAAUUGGAUGGAAACUUCAAAUGUAAAAUAAGCCAAUGAUUUUACUAAACUGAUAUAUGCUUUUUUUUGGGCCUAUUAGACAAUUACAGUAAUUGGAUAUGGUGAUCUAGAAGCUCAUAAUAGUAAUGAAUAUUUAUUAAGUAUAAUUUGGAUGUUAAUUGGAGUAGGUUAUUAUUCUUUUACUAUUGGUAAUAUAACAUUUAUAUUAAUUUAAUCAAAUCCAAAUUAAGAGUUUGAUGAUUAAUUAUUGAAUCUAGAAGAUAUUACUAUGAAUAUGCCUGAAAGAAUUUAAAAUGAUUGGAUAAGAUUUGCCAAAUUUAAUAUAUAAAGGAAUCCUUUUUGGGCUGAGGAUUCUAAAAUUAUUCUUUCAGAACUUCCUCAAUAAUUAGCUUUGUAUACCGUAGCAGCUGUUCAUAAAGAAAUUUUAAGAAUAAUUCCCUUUAUGUCAAAUGAUAUUAAUUUUUCAAGGUCUAUACUCCCUCAUAGUACUAUAGUAUGUUAUUAAAAAUAUGAAGCUGUUUAUCAUAUAGGAUAAAAUGCAAAUGAUUUUUUCUUUCUUAUCAAAGGUGACAUUCGAUUAUGUGACAACUAUGGAGAAACUUUAGUUGGAGUAAUGGAAGGUACUUGUUUUGGAGAAAUUGAAUGCAUAGAAUCUAGUUUAAGACGUUGGAGUGCUCAUGCUAUGUAAGAAAGUGUUGUUUUAAUGUGCUCAGCUAAUUUUUUUUCGUAAUUUCUUGAAAAUGAAUCACCUUAAUUUUUUGAAUUAUAAUAAAUGUAUAAAAGAAGAAAAAUACUUUUAAUUCAAUAAACUAGAAUUAAAAGAUGUAAUUAAUUCUUAUUUAUUUAAUAGAAAGAUAAUAAAAAUUAAAAAGAGGAUCUGCUAUCAAUGAUUUACAUUCAUAUAAUAAGAAAAGAGAAUCUGUUUAAUAAUAAGAAGAAUUAAGAUUUAAAAUUGAUUUAAGAGAAUUUUAAAGUGUAUAAUAAGAUUUAUUGCUUUAAAUUGUUGGACAUAAAUAAGCCAGAAAGAAAAUUAUUAGAGAAAAGUUUAUUAAUGUAUUUUAUUGUAUUUAUUAUAGGCCAUUAAUAAAAUUAGAUAUUAUGUUUAAAGAGUUUCAAAAUUUAAAAGAAUUUCUAUACAUGAUCUUGAUUAUAAAAUAAUUCACAAUUUAAUUAAUACAAGAAUAAAAGAUUGUGUUUGGGAAAAAUAGAUUAAAAGAAAGAUGGGAUAAAAAUUAUUAAAGAAUUUUGAUUAGGUUCAUGAAGAUGAAAAUUUAAUCAAAGCUUUUUUAUUAAAAAGUAAAUAAGAAUCAAAUUAAAGACUUGUAAGAAAAAAAUUAAUUCAUAUUAUAAGAAAUAUUCUUACUAUAUAGAAAAAGGAUAAUUCAAAAAUUAAAAAGAUUGAUAUAUUCUAUAAUGAAUAUCAUUAAAAAAUAUAUGAAACGGCUAAAAAUGAAAAAUUAGAAGAAAAAAUAAAAUAAAAACAAAAACUUGAAAGUAUCAAAAGAUGUUUUGUAUUGAAAGAUUAAAUAUAAAAUUUAAGCUAAAAUUUAAAAAAAUUAAUGAAUCUCUAAACGUCAAUGUCGAUGGCUAUGUUUGAAAUAAAUUAAUAGGAAUAUGAGAUUGAUUGUUUGGUUUAAGAUAUUAAAAAAGCACUAAUGUUAGUUAAAAUAGAAGGUUGA